GUCACCCUAAAGGGGCGGCUGAGGCUCCGCAUUCAGACUUCUCCUCGGGUGGCACAUGAUAUAUAGCUUUGGAUGAAGUUAGCUUUUAACUCACAAAUGCUUCUCUUUGAGCUCACGUUCAAGAACUAGUUAAAAGUGCUUAUCCAAAAAGCUUAAGCUGUUCCACUAUUUGAUUAGAGAUAUAUUAUUUCUUACGAUUUAGAGAAGGAAGAGAAGUAUGGAGCAGAAGAACGAGAUGGAAAAGGUUGAUGAUGUGAUGUUGCCGGGUUUUCGGUUUCACCCGACCGAUGAGGAGCUUGUAGGGUUUUACCUGAAGAGAAAAUUCCAGCAGAGAGUUCUUCCCAUUGAGCUGAUUAAGCAAGUUGACAUUUAUAAAUAUGAUCCCUGGGAUCUUCCAAAGCUGGCAAGUACUGGGGAGAAAGAGUGGUACUUCUACUGCCCGAGGGACCGAAAAUACAAGAACAGCACUAGGCCUAAUCGCGUCACGGGAGCCGGGUUUUGGAAAGCAACCGGAACAGAUCGGCCUAUCUAUUCUUCGGAAGGCUCCAAGUGCAUAGGUUUAAAGAAGUCCCUUGUGUUCUACAGAGGCAGAGCUGCAAAAGGGAUCAAAACUGACUGGAUGAUGCACGAGUUUCGGUUGCCUUCUCUCUCAAAUUCAGUUCCACCAAAAAAGCUCUUAGAUAAAAGCCUCCCUGCAAAUGAUUCAUGGGCAAUUUGCAGGAUUUUCAAGAAAACAAACUCCAUGGCACAGAGAGCACUUUCUCACUCUUGGGACUCUCAGUUUCCAGAGCCUACGGCAGCUGGUUUAUUCACCCAACAGUUCAGCUCAGAGGACAUGUCUUGCACAACUGACAUGGGAUCAACCAUGCAGUUUUGGAAUAACAAUGACUUGCAACAAGCAUCUAACACAAACUACUCUUCCUUUGACACUCUUCCUUACAAACCAAUCAACCCUACCGUGUCGAAACCCUCCAUGUUCGACGGAGAGUUUCCCAACAGCUUCAUGUUCUCGCCGGCUGAACUGUCCGGAACUAUGAACCCUGCGUUAAUCGAUGAUUUAAGCAACCCCGCAGGGAGCAUAGACUUCGAUGGUUCACAGCAGCAGUUCACCGGCUUUUCGAUCAGUUUGCAGCAACAGGAUCAGAUGCAAGGAAAUACGGGGACAUCAGAAAACGAAGGGGGAUUCAGGAAGAACAUGAGUAGUAGUAGUAAUAGUACAAGCCAGUGGGGAAGCAGCAGCAUCAGAUCAAUUGGUUUUCCCUUCAGUUUGGCUUCAGAUGAUGAGUCUUGGAAGCCAACUCUGCCUUCUUAUUCACCACCUUAUCCUAGUAGCUAUUCUACAAACAAAUGCUACACUUGAUGCAAAUCAUUUUGCGAAAGAGAAUAUAUUUGGUAGGGCUGCCUGAUUAGGGCAAUUUUCACAUUGGGCAGACCAAAAUACAAAAAGAUCUCAUACUUUUAUGAGGAGCGUCUAUAAAUGAUGUAGUCGGACAUCCUACCCAAAAUUUUAUCCUCUAGUGGUUGACCCCUUGUAAUCAUGUAGUUAGUAUCAAAAAUUCAAAAUCAUACUUCU